UCCACCCUGUCUAAACCGUUCUCCUUUCUUUUUUUUCUUUUUUUCUUUCUCAAAUGGAUUUUUCCCCCCUGGAUCCCAUCUGAACACACUUUUCCGUCUCAUAUUUUUCUCCUCUUGUUUAUCCCCCCCCUUUCAUUUUCUUCCUCUGCUCGCUUCUCACAUCUAUCAACCCGAGUCCAGAGGACUGUUCGGUAGAAGAAGUGGCGUUAUUUAUUCAGACCACAAAGCAUUCCUGACAGCUUAAAGGCUUGUUAAAUAUGAUCUUCGUGCAGGGAAAUUCCUUUGCAUUCAUUCCUUGAGGCAAUUUGACUUUUCACGCAAUGUGUCCAUCACGUUUCAGGUGGGUUUGGGGUAAAGGCAUCCACAUUUCCACCAGAGAGUGUUGGUUCUGGAGGAGGAGGAGGGGGGGGUCUCAAUAAGUCCCCUCCACCGAAGUGUUCUAAUCAUUCCGAUUGAUGAAAACUUUCCCCCAGAUGGAAACAAGUGCGUAAAGACGCCACACACAUAUAACCAUUAGUUGUGCCAUGAAUGGCUGGCAGAUUCCAAAGAGGACACGUCGCACGAGGGCACGGUGUUUAUUUGUGUUCAUAAGGAUCGGACAUUUCAGACUGUCUCCCCUGUAACCUGGUGUAGUGUUGACAUGACGGUACUGAGCCAGGAGACUGGAGAGCCUCUCUGAUUUGAGCCUGCCAAUUAAAAGGAAAGUCAAACAUGGCUGGUUUAAUGUCAGGCUUUCAUUACACCCACGCCGUCGUCCGGGGAAUCCCCGCGUCCCUGGCCAAAGAAGCGCUCCGGAGCAGCCAGUCGGAGGUGGACCUGGCCAAGGCGCUAAAGGAGCACGAGGCGUACGUCGAGGUCCUGGGGACGACGCUCGGGCUGGAGGUGGUGGAGCUCCCCGCGGACGAGUCGCUCCCGGACUGCGUGUUCGUGGAGGACGCGGCCGUGGUGUGCGGUGACACGGCGCUCAUCACCAGACCCGGGGCAGAGAGCAGGAGGAGAGAGACAGAGGCAAUGAGCAGAGCUCUGAAGGAUUUGAAUCUGAACAUUGUGGAAAUGACUGACGAGAACGCCACACUGGAUGGAGGAGAUGUGCUGUUUACAGGUCGAGAGUUCUUUGUGGGCCUUUCCAAACGGACCAAUCAGAGAGGAGCAGAGAUUCUAGCAGAUGCCUUUAAGGACUACGCUGUGUCGACCGUGCCUGUGCUGGAAGGGCUGCACCUGAAAAGCUUCUGCAGUAUGGGAGGACCAGGCCUCAUUGUCAUCGGCUCCAGUGAACCAGCACAGAAGGCCCUCAAAAUCAUGCAGCAAAUGAGUGACCAUCGCUAUGACAAACUGACAGUGCCUGAUGACUACGCUGCCAACUGCAUCUACAUGAACCUACCUAAUAAGGGGCAUGUGCUGCUGCACCCCACCGCAGAGCAGUUUCCAGAAAGUGCAAAGGUGUUCGAGAAGUUGAAGGACUACAUGCUGAUCCCCGUGUCCAACUUGGAGAAGGUCAAAGUGGAUGGAGCCCUCACAUGCUGCUCCAUACUCAUCAACAAGAAGGCCAACGUCUGAGGGGAUAACCAAGCGGAGCCUGUAUUCAAUCACCGAGGAUCCCGAGGUUCAUCAAAACUAUCUUGUAAUUUAGAGGAAGAAUAGAGAAGUUCACUUUUGCUGAGGUUACAAUGAAAAUAUAAAUUGGAGGGAAUCAUCUGGUCCCCCUUUUCCCUCCAAACACUCAAAUUGCAUUUAACUUUCUUAAAAGUCUGUGAAUAGAUCAGUUGACAUGAAACACAAUUAUCUUUAGGUAAUGUUAUUACAUCAAAAUGAGUCUUAUUUUUCUCUUGAUUUGACAACUCUAACAUUUUCUUUCAAAAGCUGAAUACAAGGCAUAAUGGGUCAUGAAUUCUCCCCACAUCAAGUCAUAGUAUCUUUCUUGACAGUAUUUACUUCAAUUAGUCUCAAAACUAAUCAAAUUUGAUUCAAAUUAAUCUGAUCUCAGGUCAGAGGACGAGUAGACCAUGUGCUAUGUUGAGCAUGUUUUAACGUUAUUUCGGAGCAAGAUGGAGGGAAAAGAUCCUGCUACUUCUGUAAUAUGACAACCAUAAACAAGGUGAAUUAUUGCUGGUUCUUUACAGUUGGUGCUGAGUACAUUUCAUGACCCUACAUUAUUUCAAAACAACUAACUUUAUAAAAAUGCAUGGCUGACUAUGAGAUUGUUUUGAUUUCUCCUAUUGAAAAUACAGUUCUUAAUAAGCUUUCUGAAGAUAUGAGCUGUAGGUAUGAUUGCACUGUUAUAAUUAUUCAUGAUUGAUACAAAUACUGCCAUUGAGACCUUAGGUGCUCUUACUUUUCAUGACUAUUAUUUACUAAUCAUUGCUAUUUUGUGAAGCAAUUUGGCUUCCCUCCUGGUGAGCACUUGGUUAGAUUUAUAUGAGGAUGCAAACACAUUGAUCUGUGCCAACCCUACAGAGGACAGAUAAAAGCUGUCUUUUUGGGGAACGUAUGUUUUCAUUCCAAUAAGAUGAACUAAUCUUUCUUUCAUUCCAACAUAACACCUCUGCUCUCCUAAAUGUACGACGUCUAUAUGAUAAACCAAUGCCAUCUCUCCUUCUCAAUGAUAGUGAAUACACUGUAGUUUUCUCACUCCAUUGGUUCUGCCAGUGUUGUCGAUUACAUACUUUUUUUUAUGUCCCAGAGCAUGCUGUGAAACUGAUGUUCAACUAAAUCCAGUACCAUUAAAUGUGAGUGCAGAGUGUCUGCACUCUGUUUCCUUGUGGUCGUUUCAAACAGAAGUUUAAAGGAUGUCGCUGUGCUCUGUUUUGGUGGUCUUAUCUCUGUUGUUGCUGAAUUCAUGUUUGAGGCCUGCAGAUAUGACAACAUAGGGCAUGUAAACAAGUGAACUGUACAUACACUAUGGACUGUACACGCUGAAGCCCAUCAUACUGUAUUUGAAACCAUCUUUUUUCUCAAUAUGAUUGUCAGUGAAAGUUGAGGAAAUGACAUCAGGAGGUGAUUCAACGUCCCUCUGUACACGUUUGCAUAUGGGCAACUGGGCAGUGACGAAACAUGGAAAGAAUUCCUGUUGGGAGGAAAGGCUCUCGUACACCAGUAAACACUGACUCUUUUAAACUUUCUCUGUCUUCCUGUUCCCUUCUCCACACUCUCUCUAUCCCACACUCUCUCCUAUUGCCUCAUAGACGGUCCAUGCUAAUUUAUGGCCAUGAUAUCACCGUAUAUUUGAUGGCCUGCGGUUAAAGUGUGACACUCGUAUAUUUUACAGAAGGCGGCUGGCUGGAUGCAGGAUGAUAGCAUAGUUGCAUAGCAUCCAGUUCUGAUGCUCACGCAGUUACUCCAGAGGGCUCAGCCAGGCAGGACCAGUCACACACUGUCUGAUUAUUACGCUGUCAAUCCUUGGAUUAUAUCUAACAUUGUCAUCCCCUCACUCAUUGCUCCAAAUCAACCAGCGGUUGUAGAGCUUUGGGGCGCCAUUAACCUUUUCACUGAUUUAAAUUGAGAACAUUUAUUACAUGUUUGGCUCUCAAGGUUGUCUGUGAUUAACUGCUCUUGAAGAUGUAUGUUGACUUUGUUGAGGGUUUAUUCCUCCUUUUACUAAUCCCCUCACUCAUCAUAGUUGUCAUGAUGUUGUGAUUGCUUUUGUUCCAACCAAGGUCUCUUUGAUUUCAUACAAAUUGUGAGUGAUAAUUAUUUGAGCCAUCUUAAAUUGAGCCUUUCGUCUACAUUGUGUAAUAAAUUAACAUCUAGUAUUCAA